UCUUGGAGGAGGAGGCGAGGCUGAGGGAGCUAGAACAGCAGCUGGAGAGAGAGAGAGGAGGAGGAGGGAGGAGGAGGAAGAGCAAGAGUUGUUGGCAGUGGCUGGGGAGACGGGAGUGAGGGAGGUGAGAGUGAGGGAGGGCGAGUGGGAGGAGGGGGGUGCUUGGAUGGUGAAGAUGCCCGGAAGAGGGGAGUCAAGGAGGCUGGAGGACCUCUGUGAGAAAACAAUUGGAUUGGGAGUGGGGAUCGGGUUGGAUCGGGUGGAUAUGUGUUUGGAGCUGGAAAGAGGGGUGGCAAGAGAGGGGGAUGAGGGCACAACAGCAGGUAGUGACGCGAUGCGCUCGGGGGAUGAGGGCACAACAGCAGGUCCGCACAGAGGGGGACCUGCUGAUGCGCACGCAUGCAUUGUGAGUAGUGCAGGGCUGGUUGUGAACGUCUCUGCUGCUGUGUGCUCUGCUUCUGUGUGCUCUGCUGGUGUGUGCUCUGCUGCUGUGUGCUCUGCUGCUGUGUGCUCUGCUGCUGUGAGCUCUGCUGCUGUGAGCUCUGCUGCUGUGUGCUCUGCCGCUGUGUGCUCUGCUGCUGUGUGCUCUGCUGCUGUGAGCUCUGCUGCUGUGAGCUCUGCUGCUGUGUGCUCUGCCGCUGUGUGCUCUGCCGCUGUGUGCUCUGUUGCUGCUGUCUUUCAUCCCGUCCUUGCCCUGCUCCCACUCUUCCACUUCCCUUGUGCUGCUGCUUCGUCUGUUCACAGAGGGCACAACGCAGAGAUUCUGGUGCUGGACAACUGA